UCAAAAGUUUAAACAGUCAAUUCAAUCAAAGAUUGGAAAUGCAUUUAGAAAUGUUUUCAUUCUGCUUUUCAAAAUAAAUAGCAUUCAUUUGCAGUUUAGUUGUAUCACGAAUCGGAAUUAAAUUAAAUAAACGAAUAAGUCAUUAAAAUGAAUAUUUCUACUUAUACGUGUAUAUUGUCAAUAUUGUUAGUUGUUAAGCAAGUGAAUAGCUCGUGCUCCGUUUACUCAAAAGAAUUGGAUGAUCAAUGCAGUACCUAUUGCUAUCAAGUUUUGAAGCCACUUCUACAAUACAUAAACCCGGUCCAAUCAAUGACACAAGAAUUAAACGAGCUGCAGCAUACAAUUAAAUCGCAAGCAGCUGAAAUAAAGAACUUAAAUGAGUUGAUUAAGUCUAGGGACAUGCAACUAGCACAGCAAAUCAAGUUGAGUGAAUCGUGUGAAAGCCAAAAUCAAUAUCAAAAGAAACUUAUUGAUCAAUGUGAGAUUCAAUUAACUACAAAAGGCAAAGAUAUUAGUAAUGUGCAAUCAGAAGUUGUAAAAAUAAAAGAAUCUAAUGAAACAUCUAGCUGUCUCGGAAAGUCGACGGAUCUUCAUGAGAUUCGACUUCCUACAGGGCAAUUAAUGAUAGUUUCGUGUGAAUCAAACUUGCUUGAAGCUGGAGCUGGUUGGACUGUUAUACAAAGGCGUAAGGAGAAUGGUUUAGAUUUUCAUCGAACGUGGUCAGAGUAUAAGCAUGGCUUUGGGAAUCUUCGUGAAGAAUUCUUUCUUGGGCUUGAGAAAAUUCAUUUGCUAACACAAUCCCAACCACAUGAAUUGUAUAUAUUUAUUAAAUUAUUUUCGAAUGAGACCAUCUAUGCCCGAUACAGUAAGUUUGUCAUUGAUGACGAAAAAGAAUUCUACAAUUUGAAAGAGCUCGGAAAAUAUUCAGGCACUGCUAACGAUAUAAUGGUACCUCACUUGCAUCAAAAGAUAUCAGCAGCAGAUCUGCAGGAUUUUACAUCGAAGAAUUGCCCUAACUUGAUAAGUUUCAAUUUGCUUAGAAUCUGCUAUUGGUGGAAUCUUACCGUAAAUGUUGAAAAACAGAUCAUGCGGUCCAGUCCAAUUCAAUUUGCAGAAAUGAUGAUUAGGCCCCUUCAGUAAAAGCUAAUCAUUCUUUUAAAAUGAUAUGUUUCAGAGCCUAAAUACAACUCAAGAAUAUUGUAUUUCAACAAACGGUAGAAACAAACAAUAAAAUGUAAUACAUAUAUCUACUUUGUAUAGUCUCUGAGAUCCAUGG